AUGGACAUCUCCCGCCUCGUCCAACCCCACAGCACGGCCAGCAAGACCGAUCCAGCCGAUGUCAUCAUGUGGUUGCCUCCUCCUCCUUCUUCCUCAUCACAAGCGCACCCACGACAAGAGCAGACGACCACCACGACAUGCCAAACCUCCAACGCGCCAGCCUUUCCCGGCCCGCUGCUGGUCGUGGAUUCUGCCAACAACAGCGACCGCCGACGCUCGCUCCUCCCCGCCGCUCACACCCGCACGGCCCUCCUCCUGAUCGACAUCCAGCGCGGCCUCAACACCUCGCACGGCUAUUACGGCACCGACCGCUCAACUCCGACGCUCGAAGGCAACGUCGCGACCCUGCUAGGCCGAUGUCGUGAGUAUAAUGCCAAUGCCAACGCGCAUGCCCGCGCGGCAGACGUGGACUCGACUGGGAACUAUCCCAUCCAGAUCAUCCACGUGUUCCACCAGAGCAACAACCCCGCCAGUCCGCUGCACGUGAGCGGCAGGACGCAAAAGGACGGCAUGGAAUUCAUGCCGUGCGCGGCGCCGGACGAGCCCUCGUCCUCGGCCUUUGAGACCGUGCUGGGCAAGACGGCGAACUCGGCGUUCGCGGACGGCGGGAGGCUCCAGUCUCUGCUGGCGGCGAAGAAGGUCGGACAGCUUGUUGUUGUGGGGAUCGCGACGGAUCAUUGCGUCUCCUCGAGCGUGAGGUGGGCGAAGGAUUUAGGCGUCGUGAAGCGGAAUUGGGAUCGCGUCUCGCAUGGUGAUGGUGGUGGUGGUGGUGCGGCCAAUGGAGAGGCGGAGAUGCAGGUAGAGAUGGAGAUGGACAACGAAGGUACGAUCGUGGUCGUGAGGGAUGCGACGGCUUGUUUUGGCAAGGGCGGAGUGGGUGCCGAGGUGGUACAGAGGGUCAGUCUUGCGAGUUUGGAGGGCGAGUUUGCCGACGUGCUGAGUACGGCGGAUGUGCUGGGGGAUUUGGUUGGAUAG